GGUUGUGAUCAUAUCGAAUGCAACUGACGUAUAUUCUUUCAAGGGUCUGUCGGCUUUCAAUUCUUCUAGAGGCAUAGUUAUUGCAAGGAGUAAUCUCAAAUGAAGGAAAUAUCAGCUUCACCUGGGCCUAUUCAUUCAGAAGCAAAUGUGCUUUGGGGAUUGAUCUUUAUACUGUUCGGCUUCAUUUCUUUUCUGGGGUUUUUCUGCACCGCUAUCCUAUCCAAACUGCUACCAGCAUCGGAAAAUCAAUUUAUAUCAGCCAUUCAAAGUGAUAGAUAUUAUUGCUUGUUGGUGCCCUUGACACUCCCUAUCCUUCUAGUGGCGGUAUAUUUUCAUUGGCUCAGCAUGAAACUCUUCAAGCAUGCAUAGACUUCUUCAAGUUGGAGAAAUGCAAUCUCUAUGGGAAGCUCACAAUAAUAUUCAAUUCUCCUAUGGAGCAUACAAGUGUUGUUGGCUACAGUUUCUUUGCUUGUGUUUGAACGAUCUUUGUGAAUAUGACCAAAGAUCAGUUUUCUCAAGGAGUAUUUUAAAAGAUGGGGAUUCGGUGUGCCUUUGCUUGCUUGCUUGGCACGGUGUGGGUCUCGAUAAAAUCAAAACAAUGCUGUGGAUAAUGGCUUUGCUCGCCAUCUGGUGGGCGGUUUGGGAAGAGAGAAAUGCUAGGUGCUUCGGUAACUCCAAAAAGUCGGUGGAAGGAACCUCUGCUAGGGCGAGAAUGCUGAUGAUUGAAAGGGCUUCUGUUGUUUCGCAGCUUAAUGGUUGUAACUUGAAGUUUCUUGGGUAGUUGCUGGGUUGCUGUCUCAGUCUCCCAAUAUUGUUGUUUUGCUUUGGCUGUUUGUUUUUUUACUUUGCCUUUAAAUAAAAGUGUCGUUAUCUUUAAAUGACAUACCAUGGUUCAAACAAGGACUUCCCUAUUGUGCA